AUGACAUUAGCGGAUCCAUGGUUUCGCUGUAUCUCAUUUAUUAGGGCGCUGCAGUGCUGGAUUCGAUUAGCGCCGCAAGGCUUCUCAUUCAAAGAUCACGGUGAUGACAUAGGCACGGAUAUGUCUGAAGAAAAAGGACCAAGCAAAAAGGAUGGCACGGAAGAGACAGCAGUACCUUUCGAUCCGUCAAAGGCAGCUAAAGCCAUAGCGGCAGGGAAGCCAGUAAAACAGGGCAAUGUCUUUGUUGAAUACAACUUAUACGACAUAAAUAGGCCGCUCCCCGCUGAAGGUUGGGGCACGUAA